GACUACCGCUUCUCUGAAUUGUACUACGCCGGCAUACAGAGAGGGAGAAUGGGUCUCAAAAUUGGAGGGGAAGUGGAGAAGGUGAACGGGAAGGAGCUGACCUACGCCGAAUUUGUCCAAAAAUAUCUCCACAGAAACCACCCGGUAAUCCUAACCGGGCUCACCGACGAUUGGCGGGCCUGCAAAGACUGGGUUUCCGGCAACGGAAAGCCCAAUCUCCGGUUUUUCUCCUACCAAUUCGGCAGCUCCAGAGUUCAGGUUGCGGAUUGCGCUACGAGGGAAUUCACUGAUCAAAAGAGGUUGGAAAUGUCGGUUUCCGAAUUCAUCCAGCUUUGGAUCAGUAGCUCCAGCUCUGAUAAUGGCGGCGCUGAUGGAAAGCCGUUGCUGUAUUUGAAGGAUUGGCAUUUUGUAAAGGAGUAUCCGGAUUAUGCUGCCUACAGCACACCGGUUUUUUUCCUCGAUGAUUGGCUGAAUCUAUAUCUUGAUAAACAUCAUAUGCAUGUUGAUCCUGAGAGUUACCAAGAAAGGAAUGAAGUGAAUUGCUCUGACUAUCGUUUUGUGUAUAUGGGAGCAAAAGGUACAUGGACUCCUCUUCAUGCUGAUGUGUUCAGAUCAUAUAGUUGGUCAGCAAACGUAUGUGGCAGGAAACAGUGGUAUUUUCUGUCUCCGAGUCAACAUCACCUUGUGUUCGACAGAUAUAUGAAGUCUUCUGUCUAUAAUAUCUUUGAAGAUGUUUGCAAAUCGAAGUACCCCAAAUUUGAAGAGGCAGUCUGGUUGGAAUGCACUCAGGAACGAGAUGAAAUUAUCUUCGUGCCCAGUGGCUGGUACCAUCAAGUUCAUAAUCUGGAGGAUACUAUAUCAAUCAAUCACAACUGGUUCAAUGGUUACAACAUUUCUUGGGUGUGGGAUUUGCUUUUGAGAGAAUAUCACGAGGCUGCUGGAUACAUUGAAGACCUCAAGGAAUGCGAUGAGUUUGAGGAGCUUUGUCAGAGAAAUCUCGCAGCUAAUGCAGGAAUGGAUUUUAGAGAUUUUUUCAUCUUCCUGAUUCGGUUUGCAUUAGCCAACUUUGUCAUGCUCUACCAAAUAACAAGUUCCAAGGGAUUCAUCAACUGUAGUCCAUCCGAAGCUUCCCGGUUUUUCCUUUUCAACCUUAAAAACAUCAAAUGCAUUACCCUGAAGAUGAAAUCAGAAUCCGGAUGGCAAAAUUGUGGGAUUGCUGCUAUUAAUCUUGCAGAAACUAUCGAAGAUCAGUCAUUCAUGGACUUCUGCGAUUCUUUAGGAAGAACUUAUAGCAUGAUGUACAACCUUAGUGGAAUCGAUUUCAGUCAAAUUCGAACUCUUUUGGAUUACGAGCAAACCAGUGUUCUUUACCCUUAUGGCCCUCACAUUCAUAAUCCCGACGACCUGAUUACAUUUCUCAACCAUGCCUUCAAACUAGUAGGAAGCGAAAGUUGAUGAAUACGUCCCUGUAACUUCUCCUCAUUGAUUCUGACCAUCGCUGUCAAGGAAGAGCCUCGGUUUGAGAAAAGUUCAAGAUCUAUCAUCACUCUUCUCUCACCAUACGACACCCAGCACGGUUUAUGGUAAAUGCAGGUGAGAAAUUUAGAAAGGCACUGCACAAUAUUUAUUGGAAAUCAGCUUCAUUGGUUUGAUCAUCAGCUGCAUCCGAACAGUGUUAAAUUGUUCUAAUUCUUGAUCCAUUUUUUACUGUGACAUAGUAUUUCCUAUUUUUACAUAUUGAUAUUUCUGCUGCAACAUAAAUAUGGACCUUCUUGUAUUAUUGCCAUUUAUUUGAAGCAAUGACAUAAUAAGAAAUUUGAGGUAUAGCUCUCGAAAAGUCGAUAUUCGACUUUUCGUUGAGAUUAUCUUCUACAUAAAGUCUGGACAAGCUGUGGGCUGGCAUAGAAUAUUUAGCAGAUAAGAGGAAAUGUAAGUAGUGAAUUGUAGACAAUUGGAGUAGUUUUCAUGGUUGUCCAAAUUUAUGCUUGUAGUAAAUAUUUAUCGCUUUUUGCUUUAGGUUUGUACUGGAAUAUAUGUGUUCUCAACCUCACUGAAAAAGAUUUUAUUUUUAUUGGCUGUGAAAUUUAUUUCUA